GAUCACGUGACCCUGUCAGUUCCGCCUCAGUUAGCAGCUAGCAGCUAGCAUCGUCUCCUCGGAGGUUGCCUGCGGAGCGGCAGAAAGCCAACCCAGCCAGACUCUGCUCCUCUGGGACAGAAACUCCUCCAAGCUCAGCCUUCAGCCUCCCCCCGCUGCACCUCCUGACCCGGUUCCGACCCAGUUUUCUUCUGGUUCCUCUGGCCCGGUAGCUACAGCAGGAAGAUGUCUGCGAUCCAGCGGAUGAAGGUGGCCAACGAGCGGCACAGCAAGACCAUCACGCAGCGGGGACACGUCCAGAAGACCUCGAGGCCCGUCAACGAGGACAAGUCUCCAGUGGGACCGUGGCUGCUGGCGCUGUUCGUCUUCGUGGUCUGUGGAUCAGCCAUCUUCCAGAUCAUCCAGAGCAUCCGCCACGGCAUGUGAUGACCUUUGACCCCGGAGCCAGCUGCCUUCACCCCCCCCCCAACACACACACACACACACACACACACAGCUCUUCCUGGCUCUGUGGGGACUCUGAUUCAUUGGUCACCAUGAAAAAUUAAAAAAGAGAGACGGUUCCUCAGACUGGAGACACGUCUUCACCUUAAGAACGUGUCCCCGCCCUGAGGACGUCUCCCCACAUUAACCAAGUGUCCCCACCCUGAAGAAGUCCUGAGGACUUGUCCCCACAUUAAGGAGGUGUCCCUACCCUGAAGAAGUGUCCCUGCCCAGAGGAUGUGUCUCAUUGGCUGGUCCUGGGCGGCGGUCCCCUCAGACCCAGGAAGAGCAGAGUCCAUGUCUGUUCCUGUGGCGUCCAAGCGUUGUUCCUCCUGCUGUGGCUGCAGAUGGUUGUUUUAUAUUAUUGUUGUUAUGAUGAUGAUGAUGAUGUUUUUCUGCACUGUUGAUGAAGCUUGUUGCUGAUCAGAGUUUGGUUCUUAUUAAUUGAUGGAGUUCCUGGUCCAGAUGAAGUCUUAAGGCGUUUUCCUUCCAGCUGCAGAUUAAAGGAGAACUUCUGCUGCUCUAAACCCUGAAGCUCAGCUCGGUUCCUCAGAGACAUUAUUUAAGGAUAUUUAUGAUGCGUCUCUGCUGUGAAGCCACCCCUGAAAAGCCAUAAAGCUGAUCGUUCAGCAGAGGAACUGAUUGAUCUCUAUUAAGCUGUGACGGUUAUUAUUUCACAAUAAAAGCCCCAUGGUCUCCACUGCUGCUGUAAUAAUGUGAACUUUCUAAAAUGUACCGUGAUGUUCUUAGGAUGAGUUAGACGAGGCGACUGAGGGGGAAUCAGGAUUAGUCUUUACUGACGUUAGAGCAGCAGCGUCCCAUUUAGCUCCGCCUCCGUCUCUGACCUUCAGGACGGAGGAAUUUUCCUGUUAGAUACCUGAAACCAGGAGGAGCUGAGGAACCAUCAGUCUGAGCUCCCUGCUGACCCCUGCUGGACGAUUUUCUCCACUUUUAUACAAAAUAAACUUCUGAUAUUUUUCUCUACUA